GUAAGCAAAAUCCCUCAGUGUUAUUGUCUCCUCAGUCGACACAACACCGACUCGACGCCAGCAGUUAACCAAGUCCUGCCAAGUCAAUUAGUAAACAAUCCAGUUCGGUCAAGCUACCGGUAAGAUCGUUGCUCCGUUUAAGUCAAUUUUAAACUUCAUCACUCGUCGCAAUGGAAGAAAUGGCCGAACUCGCCGUCGCCACGUCAAGUGCCGUCCGUGCCUUGACCCUGGAGUACAAGAAGUUGCAAGAGGAGCCAGUGGAAGGUUUCCGCGUUAAGCUCGUCGAUGACAGCAACAUGUUUGAGUGGGAAGUGUCGAUCUUCGGCCCGCCCGAUACCAUCUACCAGGGCGGCUAUUUCAAGGCCAGGAUGCUUUUCCCGAUUGAUUAUCCCUACAGUCCGCCGAGUCUUCACUUCACCAGCAAAUUCCUGCACCCGAACGUCUUCGUGGACGGCAGACUCUGCAUCUCGAUUCUGCAUCCGCCGAUCAACGAUCCCUCGAGCGGUGAAUCGGCUUCCGAGCGUUGGACUCCAGCUCGAAGUGUCAGAACAGUCUUGCUGUCCGUCAUCUCUCUAAUGAACGAGCCAAACGUAUCGAGCCCGGCAAACGUCGACGCUUCGGUCAUGUACAGACGCUGGAAGCAAGGCGGCGACGACCAGUACGCCAAGAUCGUGAAGAGUCAAGUACAGGCGUCUAAGGCCGAAGCUGAGAAGGAAGGUGUCGUAGUGCCCUUGACCAUCGAAGACUACUGCAACGAGGUGAAAGAUAAGAUCAAGAAAAAGGACGAGGUCGAUGAUUGCAUCGAUUUCUACGACUUUAAUAAUUACGACAAUGACUACGACGAUGACGACGAUGAAGAUGAUUAUAAGUGCUCGGAGGAGGGCAACGAAGAUGGCGAAGAUGAUGAAUAACGCUUCUGCCAACCACACUGAUAGCUGCUACCAGAGCGAUUAGUAUGCAAAAGUGCGAAUCGAACCUUCUUAGCUGAUCUUGUUCGAUUAGCUCGUAAUGCUGACGACAUCAAAAUUACGUAAGAAGCAUGCAAAAUAGUUCGACGUAAGCAGUGUAUCACAGAACCAGAAUAAAAAAUAUUGCAAAAACGUA